AUGACAACGCCAACACCAAACCCUCGCGACGAGUACGACGAAGACGACCCCCGCCGCGACGACGCCGAUAUCUCCACAGCGCCCUUCGUUGACCAGCCCGCCUACGGCCGCGGUCUCUGGAAGCGACCCGUUUCAUUCGUCUCCGCGACGUCGACCCUCCCCACAUCGACGACCAAACCCACCCCAGAUGGCCGUACAAUGGCGGAGAAAUAUCUCGCCAUCAUGUUCCCCAACGGCCAACCACAACCACGCCCCGAAGCCUUCCCUCUCUGUGGAAUAUGCGGCGAACCAGUCAAAGAGUCAGAUCCGCGGAUACAUUAUCUGAGUCCCGCACACCAAGCUGUGCUGCCGCGAGCGCCCAUACCAUCUUCAAUAGAUCGAACGCGCAUGGGAUUGAAAUACCUGCAGAACUAUGGCUUCGAUGUGGAUGCGCGGGUAGGGCUAGGUGCAAGUGGACAGGGCAUGCUGUUUCCCCUAGUACCGAAAGAGAAGAGGGAUAGGCUGGGCUUGGGCAUCGAGAAGAAGGGCGGGGAUGGGUCGAGAGGGACUGGCGAUACCGCAGCUGCGCAAGUUAAAGACCUGAAGCUUGGGGCAGGGAAGAUACGGAAGCUGGCGAAGGUCGAGAAGAAAAGGCAUGAAAAACUACAAAAGAUGUUCUAUGGCAACGACGAAGUAGAGAAAUACCUUGGCCUGUUGGACGGCUAGUUGGGGGAGACGGUCGCUUGGGACACUUGGGAGUGAUCAUGUCUAGGGUUCGACUUGAAGACCCUCAGCUCUUUGGACUUUC